CUGUUCUCAGUCUUCACCGCAUGCUGGGCUCCGUUCGCCACCUACAGCCUGCUGUCCACCUUCAGUCGUGCGUUCUACUACCGGCAGAACUUUUUUGAGAUCAGCACGUGGCUGCUGUGGACCUGCUACCUCAAAUCAGCCCUGAAUCCUCUCAUCUACUACUGGCGAAUCAAGAAGUUCCGUGACGCCUGCCUUGACCUGAUGCCCAAGUACUUCAAGUUCCUGCCGCAGCUUCCUGGCCACACUAAGAGACGUAUCCGCCCCAGUGCUGUUUAUGUGUGCGGGGAGCAUCGUUCU